GCGAAGCCUGAGCCAUAGUUCAUUCCAUUCACGUUGCAAGGGACAACGACACAAGCGCCGCGGAGCAACGAGGUGGAGCGAUUCGUACAAGCGUCCGCGCCGAUAUUGAGAUGCUGGGGCUCGGUCGAUGUCUUUCACCGCUGAAACCGGAUUCAGUUGAGGAGCGCGGCCUUGCCUAUCUCAACGACGCUUCGCAGCAGUAUGCUAGCGUUGCAAAAGCAGAAGUAGACCGAUCGGCGCCUGUUGCGGUGACAUACAGAGUAAAUACAUGUCUAGACAUAGAGCCAGGCAGACCCAGACAGAGCGGAGGUUUCGAGCAUAAAUCGUGAAGGGGUCGUAAUAA